AAACAAAAAAAUACAGAUUUUCUCUACUAUUCGGUUAGCAAUCCGGUGUUUAGAAUUUUCUGAGAAUGGCGGAAAUUUGAAAAUGGGGAAAAUAAUCGAAAACUGUAAAGAGCUUGUAAAAUCAUGGCAGGGAAAGAUUUCUUUGUGAAUCCACUGAAGAGGAAGAACAGAGGCUUGAGAUCUGGAAGACCAGUGCUAAAAUCUGGAAAAGUAAUCAACAGAGAUAAAGAUGGAUUCGAAAAAAUAGAUGAUUAUUUUUCUGAAUCAGAUGUUGAGUCCAGCUUGAGUUUACACAGAUCCUCUAUAGAGUCUCAAAAGUUGGCUAAAGAUGUUGAGGAUGACAGAAUUGUUCAAAGUCAGCCUGCCCCUAUCAGUCGCAUGUCAACUAGAAAUAGGAACACUUCCUCAUACAGAUCUGGUGUCUCCUCUGUCAAUUCUAAGGUUUCUAGUAGUACCAGUAGUUAUAACCCUGUGGGAUGGUUACACAAUAAAAAUUAUGGAAGGAGGACAGGUUUAGAUAUAAAAGCAGGAAAGAACAUUCGAAAGAGACCUGAUGGAUUUGAAGUGUUUGAAGAUUAUUGGUCAGAAUCAGAUGCUGACAGUUUGAUGGUAUCUAGGAAUAGCGCAUGUGAUACACCUGAGGUAACAUCAGAAUUACACAAAUCAUCUAUAGAGCAUGAAAAUGCCAAACUUGUGGAGGAUGAUAGAAUUGUCCAAAGUCAGCCUGUCCCCAACAGUCACAUGUCUACCAGAAAUAGGAACACUUCCUCAUACAGAUCUGGUGUCUCCUCCGUCAAUUCUAAGGUAUCCAACAGCAGCUAUAAUCCAGUCGGAUGGGUACAUAAUAAGAACUAUGGAAGGAGGACCGGUAAAAAUAUUAAAGCAGGGAAGGUUAUCCGUAAGAGAGCUGAUGGAUUUGAGGAGUUUGAUGAUUACUGGUCAGAAUCGGAGGCAGAUAGUUUGAUGUUAUCCAGAAUAAAUGAUAAAACAAUAGAAACACCCAUUGUCCCUUCCAAGGAUUUAAAGCAUACCAAGGACUCUGAAUCAGAUAUGCAUCCAGAAACAACAGAAUCAGAAGGUUCAACUCUACAAUCUGAUUACAACUCAAGUGACGGCAGUAGUAAGGAUAAUACUUACUGUGCCAAGGAAGAUUCAAGAAUAGCAGAGUUCCUGCCACAGGUGCCAGAUGACAGUCCAACCAAGACUGGACUUCAGAGUCAAACUUUGUCAGUUCUUUCAGAAAAAAGCCAGAUUUCCCAAGUAGUAUCACCUGAGAAGACAUUGAAUAAAAGUAAAAGAAAAAGUUUAUCUUCAGGAAAAAACAAUCUGUCAAAUGAGAGGGAUUUGUCUGUUUACAACAAAUCAAAAGAAGGUGAAGGGUUAUCUAAUAGGAAUGAUGUAAGUCAAGAAAGUGAUGAACAAUCUACUCUGGGAAAAGAAAAUAUAACUCCUGAAUCUAGUGAACAUUCAUCUCUGCCAACAGAACAUUCAAGUGAACAUUCAUAUUCAGGAAAAGAAAAUAUAACUCUUGAUUCUAGUAAUCAUCCUUCUCCAGGAAAAGACAAUGAUACACAUGAAUUAAGUGAACAAUCAUCUUCAGGUACAGAAAAUAUCAUGUCAGAAUCAAAUAGAGGCCUUACUUCUAGUUCCAAAAAUCAUUUAUCUGUUUCACAAAAACCUGUUCAUGAGCAACAACUUGACGAGACAUCUGACACUAAAAUUCAUCACUCAUCUGAUGCUAAGGAAGGAUCCAAUGAUUUGUCAGAGGAAGAUGUUAAGGAAGGAUAUGAUGAUUUGUCAGAAGAAGAAGAAGAGGAAGUAUCCAAUGAUUUGUCAGAGGAACAACAGGAGGAAAUACCAGAAGGUCAAGGUCAGAAGAACCAGGAAUUAUUAAACAGUAGACAUGAGAGUAAGGAAUUAUCGUCUGAUGGCGGAGAAGACUAUCAGGAAUCAUUGUCAGGACAAUCAUUGUUGCAAUCAACUUUUCAUGAUCAACAAGGGGAAUCAUUACAGGAUAACCUUCAGACUUUUAGAUCAGAGGUCAAAUGUAGUGUUCCUGACAUGGGAUCAGUUACAUCAGGAAAAAGUUUAAUAAAACAAGAUAUAAGUGAAUGUCAAGAUCAUACUAAAGUGUCGACAGAAUCAGAAAAUAUAACAUCCUCUACAAAUAAAUCUAGAAGAAAUUAUGAUACUUCACCAGAACCAUUAAUACCAUCUUCUUCACUGGCUGAAAAACUACUGAAUAAAUCAAAUAAAAAAGAAUCAGAAGUGUCAUCAAAUAUAACAGACAACAGGAAAUCUCUCUCAAAGUCGGCAUUGUCAGAUGAUACAACACACCAUACAGAAACAGGAUCUAGUUCCAUUAUUCCUCACAAUGAAACUAAUGAUAACAUAUAUACUGAACAGAAAAAUAAAACACACAAUACUACUUCACGGAAAUCCUUUGUUUUUCCAGAUCUGUCUUUCGAUUCUCAAGAUUCAGUGAUGAUGGUCGAUGAUGACAAUGAUUCAGUCAAAAAAAAAUCUCUUAAAAACAAAUCUAUGAGAAAAGGGACAAAAAGUAUGAUCACAGUGGAUAACAGUGUCCUGGAUGAAUCUGCUGUUGCAAGUGUAGGAAAGACGUAUAGAAAAUCAACAGGGUCUAUGAUGAAUGGGGAAAAUAACAAACAAAAACAAGGAAAGAAAAGCAACCAAAAACAGUUAUUGAAAGACACAACUGAAAAAAUUGAAGUUACAAAAACUUCUACAGACCAAAAAGAUUAUGAUCAUCAACAGUUGUCAAAUGACAAAAUAGAAAAUACAGAAGUUUGCAAUAUGUCUAGUAGUAAACAAAAACUAUCGUUAAAUGAAAUUAAUGAAGAUUUGAAGAUAAAUGAGCAGUUAAAAGCAAAUAAAAAAACUAAAAGUAAAUCGACAAAUCAUUCUGUGACAAAUACUGAUACAUCACUACGGAUAAAUGAUAGUAAAGAAAAUUUGAAGAAAGAUAAGCAUUCUAAAGUAGCAAAAAAAUCUAAAAAUAAAUCAAUUAAUCAGUCUGUGACAAAUACUGAUAUUCAUGAUUCCCGUACUGAAGAGACGGCUGAGACAAAUAAAGAGGACAGUAAGGUCAAAACAAAGACCACAAAAAGAAAAAAAGGGAAGAAAGCUGCCACAGUAAACAAAAAAUAUGGUUUGAGAUCUGGACGGAAGUCUGUUGGAAACAAAUAUUCUGAAGCAAUUACAAAUGAAUCAGCAAACACUUUGAAUGAACUUACUACAGAUAUAGAUAUUCCUCCUGAGGAAUCUGUAGAAACUGAACAGGAAACAAGUCAAAGUAAACUGCAGACAUCAGCCACACAGAAAAUGACUGCUGAAGAGGAUGACCUGAGCCAUGAUGAAAAUGUUGCAACAAAUAACUCAAAAGAAGAUGACUAUAUAUCGGAUGAAAAACAAAAGAACAUUUCAGUUCCUAAGGCUCUAACAGAUAAGUCACAGGCCACUGGUAACAAAACAAAUGGGAUAUCACAAGUCACUGUGGACAAAAUAGUUGGAAUAUCUCAAUGGUUACAGGUAGAAAAUAAAACAGUAGGAAUAUCACAGCUGUCGCAGGCAACAAGCAUUAAUAUAGGAGGAAAUAAGACUGGUUCCCUGACUAAAGUAGAAUCUGAUCCCAAUCUUGUAGGGAGCACACCUAGUUUCAGGACAAGGAAAAGGUUGUCCUACUCCAUUGCCGCAUUAGAUUCCAGUCAGUUACAAGGGAAGAAGAAAAGACAAAGCACUCCAAAGUUAUCUAGCACAGGAAACUCCAUUAUUUAUGACCAGUUACUGAACAAAAAAACAUUUGUACUGGAUACGGAUUCAGAUGAAAGUUCACAAUUUUUAUUCAACAAAACGCAAACAAACAAAACUAAAGUGGAAAGAAAUGAUGAUGAACUGCUGGGAGGUGAUUGGAACAGCUAUACUGAUAUUGAUACAGAAGCACAAAAAUCUAAAGUGGUAAGAAAAAAAGGAGCACAGGAAGAAAAAAAUGAUACAGUGAAAAAAGACAAGGCAUUGAAGAAGAAAAAAGGUGGAAAAAAUAAACCUAAGAAAAAGUCAGUUACAGAGGAGUCAUUGAAUCAUGAAAGCAUACAUGGAAAAGAAAUAGACUUGGUCAGUAAAUAUAAAAUGGGUACUGGUGUGUAUAAUAACCAACAGGAGGAACCAGAUAAUGACAGUCAACAUCAAGUAGAGGUAGACAGCAAACAUCCAGAGGAAACAGACCAGGUGAAUAAAGAACGAAAAGAAGCAGCGUUGGACAAUGAACGUGAAGCCAAUAUAGACAAUAAACAUGAAGAGGAAAAUGAUUUUGAUAAUACAAACCAAGAAGAAGCAGUUGUUGACACUUAUCCGCAUGAAGGAGAAGAUAAUUCAAAUAUUGGUAUUGAUAAACAUAUUUCUGCUGGUUCAGAAAUGGAAAAAGAAUCGGACGCUUACUCGUCUAAAUUGUCGAAGACAAAUAACUUAAGUAAUGAUAAAGAAUUGAGACUGAAUCAAAGAAAAACAAAUAGAAGAAAGACCACAGGUAAUAGUCCUGUCAAAACAAACAAAAGAAGGAACACUAGAAAGUCUGCACCUGUGAUAAAUAUUGAUGUCAAUGAGGAUGAAGAACUGAAGGAAUAUACAAGAGGGAAGAAAGAAAAGAAGAUAAGUAAAAGAAAUAAAAAGUCAUUUGUGUUUGAUUCUACAGAAACAAGUUUGGCUGAUGAACAAGAAAUACAAGAUGUUUCACCUGUAACUAAUGAUCAGGAACAUGCUGUGUUAGAACAAGAGGAUAUACCUGCAACAGGUAACCAGUCACUUCAAUUACACACUAGUGAACAUAUGGAAGAGCAAUCAUUAGGUCAAGCAAAUCAGAAUGAAAUGUCAGAUUUACAGACUUUUGAAGAGGACAAUGAAAUUAGCACAAGAUUGUCUUCUUCUGAUGAGGCCACUCCAGGUGUGGCUACAAAAAACAAAAGGAAGAAGAAAGAUAAAAACAAAGGAAAGGGUGUAAAGAAGACAUCACCAGUAACAAGAAAAAGAAGUAUUCCAAAUGAAAUUAUCACAGAUGAAGCAACCACCCCAGUGAUAAAACAGCACAUCAUGUUAACUAACACACCAGAUGUUCAAUAUCCUGCUAGUUUGUUAAAGGAAGGACUAAAGAGUGGAGUAUCCUUCAGAAGUAAGAGAAGAACUAUUCUUGUUGAAGCAGAUAUAGAUACCCCCCAACAAGACAUCAGCAUUAAGAAUAUAACUUCCAAUGACAUGUCAGAACUUGAUAAUGGUGAACCUGAUGUUUCUGGUGAUCCUGACAGCUCUGGUCCACAUAUAGUCAACAAAGACGAAGCAGAUGUAGAUGGAAAGAUCCCCAACAUUAUCCGACGUCGAAGCUCUAUGAGGUUUGCUCCUUCCACUGAUGUCAUUAAUACAACUCCCUGUAUUGUCAAAGGCAAAGGUAGCAAGAGUAAAGAAAGGCGAGUUACCAUCAGCAGGAAAGUUAUAGAAACAUCCUUUGAUGUGGAAAAUACAACAGGCAGUAGUACAGACCAGACACAGAACAUGACUGAUGGCUCCCUUGUACAUGCAUUUGAAAUGACUUCAUCACAGACUCCUGAAAAGAUUGUCAACCCAAAAUUGAACAAAAUGAUUUCCCCUGAACCAGCACCAGAAGGUGUUAGAAGAUCCAGACGUACUCGUUUAAAAAGAUUGGACAAUUACAAACUUGAAAUACCUAUUUAUGAAAGACGAAAAUCAGGAGGCUUUGCAAUCAUUGGUGUUAAACCAUCUGUGUCAGAAGCUAAACUGAAGGCCAUGGAACUUAAACGGAAAAAUCAACUUAAAGGAAGAAAAAAGCCUGACCGGAGGUUGUCCAGAAGAUUAUCAGCUCAUGCAGAACUGCCAUCAGAAGUUGAUACUACAUUUAAUACAGAAAUUACUGUAUAUAAUCCAGAUAAUGAGGAGGAUGUCAUGCUUGAAUGCAUUGGAACUAAAGAACAAAGCUUAAAAUUUGGACCUGAUGGAGAAGAAGCCUGCGACAGUGACCCAUUCUUCAUGACUAGGUCUAUUAAUCAACCAGCCUUCGGUACAGGAAUGUUACAACUCAAUGGUUUAAAGGAGAAACCAGUACAGGCUGUUACUAAAGGAACAGUGAUAUUUCACAUAAUAUUUGGCAAGCUAUUAGUAACAAUCCAAUCCACUAGUGUCAUACUGUCUACACAUGAUCAAUUCUUUGUACCUAGAGGUAAUACAUACAGUAUAAAAAAUCUACGUAAAGAUGUUGCUAAGUUAUCCUAUGUAAUGCUGAAAGAAGAUGAACCAGAAGACCAAUCAGAUUAGAUAAACAAUGUUAUAUUGUCAUAAAACUUUGACAUAUUAGACUGAAUCAGAACCUUGUUACUGUGAGUUGGAAUCUUAGCAACUAAAAAACGACCUGAACAGUGUCCUUGUACAUGUCAUCAUGGGAACCUAGACUAAUCAGAAUCAAUGAAUGACCAUUCACACUGAACCAUGUUGUUAUGGAUACUUAUUGAUCAGACUGAACUCAACAGUAAUAAAAAGCUGUCAUAGAUAUGGAAGGAGCAAUCCAUCAGAAAAUUUAUUAUUCAUGUGUUGUCAUGAAAACCAGAAAAAUAAACAUUAUUGUUUACUUAAAACUUUAUAUUUUGAAUCUGCAAUGAUUUUUAUAGAUAAAGUUCAUUUGCUGAUCUUAUUUGAUGAAUUAGAACAUUAUAUUUUGAAUCAUCCAUCUUUUUUUUUGUUGUUUGUGUUUUUAGUUAUGGAAUCAUUUGUUAUGCAUAAAUUCAUUUUUACAGUCUUUUUUAAAUCAGUUUUUUUAAAUUAAAAAAAACAGAGUGAAUUCUCUGUCUAUUAAAACAGACAAACUGAUUUGAUAACCAUUGCAUCUUUUUAUAGUAUUUCUGUUAGAUUCCAAAAUAAACUAUUUUUGACAAGUAAUCACAGAAGUUUUGUUAGCUAAUUCUCCUUCAAGUUAAUCAUCUGAUGGAAAGUAUUAUCUCUUUUAACAAACCAACUACCAUAUAUCCAUAUAUUGAACUUUUGUUUUUCCUAAAUCUCUCUCUUUCUGACAUUUCACUUCUUUUGUUCAUUACUAUUUGUUAAUUUGUGUGGUGUUUAGUCUCUAUUUUGUGUACAUGUAAUUGUAUUUAAUGUUCAGUGACGAUUUGUAUUAGUAAUUAAAUAACUGAUAGAGCAUAAUUUCUUACCCGUUAAGCAACUAACAGGGGCGGAUCCAGCCAUUUUAAAAGGGGGGGUUCCAACUAUAUGCUUCAAUUCAAAUGCAUUGAGCAUUGAUCGUUUAAAUAAUAGGGGGUUCCAACCCUCAGACAUCCACAAACAACACACACCCUGGAUCCACAACAGACUAAUUAAAAGAACUCUAUUAUGUUAUCAUUUUUAAUACCUCUUUUGGAGGACUAUGUUUGGGAUUAUAAAUCAAGCAAUCUUGGAGUGCAAAUUUUCUUUAUUAUAUGUUUUAUAAGAAUUCUCAGUUGCAUGUGAAUAAAACAAUGAUUGUCAUUCAGUGAAAUUUACAACAAUGUAAAAAAAAUUGAUAACUCAUAAUAAUAUUGGGCGUUGUAUGUCCACCUUUUGGCAUUAAAGUCUAUAAGAAUUCACAAAAGGUUUUUUCAGUUCAAUAAUAAGCCAUGCCGCUGUUUUGGCAUUAAAGUUUAUAAGCAUUGGUCAUCAUUAAGUUGAAGUAAGCAUCACUAUCUACAGAAGCACUGACUCCACUGUAAUAAUUAUCAAACUCAUCUCUUGUAAUCUGUAAUGUACGAUGUGUGUAUACAAUUAAUGCUAACUAAUUAUAUUUUGUGUGCAUGUGCAGUAUUAAUGUUUGCAUACGCCGCUUGUUGUUGAUCUUAUGUAAAAUAUUAUUUUUAAAUGACAAUGUGGACAACACAUAUUUUAGUAACUUAAGUGUAUGAAUUUAUUUCUGUAAAUUGCUAUCAAAUAGAUAGACUUUCUUAUUUUAGACUGAAUGGAUAAACAAGUGUAAAGCUAAAAUAAAUAUUGUCCAUUUU